AUGCCUCAGCCAUUAGCUGGACCUGCAUACCCUCAAUUGCAGCCCCCUUUUCAAAUGUGGCAGGGUAACCAGUUGCUUGCUACCCAUGGUGUUGACUACAAUGAAAGGCUAUUAGAUGGGUUUCAAAACCGACAUGCAGAAUGGGUUAAUCAACAGCGUAAUAGACUACGGAGGCAGGAGCAGGCUGAGGAUGAGAUAAUUCAACACCAGGAAGCAAUACAGCUCCAAAGGCAGGAACAGCAGUUGGCUGAGGAUCACCAGGAAAGAGAAAUUGAGCGUCAGGAGGCAAUUAGACUACAGGUACAGCAGCAUUCUCAGCAUGCUGAUCUGUGUUAUGAAGAGCUACAAGCUCAGCAACUCAUUAGAAUCCAAAGAGCUGCUCAAGAAGAGCUUGAAAGGAGGGAAGAUGAGCUAGCAGAUCAGGCUCACAGGGCUGCCAGGGAUGCUGUAGACCGAGGCAAGGACUUAAAUGAACUGGUAGCUGCCAGAAAUGCACUAAAGAUGCUAAGGCCUCAAUGA